AUGAACACGAUCACGUUAAGCGAGACGGUAGCGCAUGUGGGACAGAAUGUGCGCUUCAUUGCAGCUAUACAACAGAUUACGACUGGCAAGAAAGUGCUGAUGGAUCAGUGUAGGAUCUGCUCUUGCUACAUUUUGCACGUGGGUGAUGCUAGUAGACAGUUUUUCAAGAUUACAUGCUGGGGAGAUGCGCCACCUACAUUGUUACAUUCGUCAUCCACGUCAGACUCAAGUAAAGACUUACAUCCCAUGCAUCUGCCGAUUACUGAUAAAGUGGUUCAAGUUGGUGAUAUUGUGCUAUUUUCUUCUUGCCGUAUAAAACUCUAUCAAGGCAACGUAGAAGCGCAGUUUCUUCUGCGCAAUGGCAAGGCGGCGACUUCAUCGUCGAUCCAGUUAUUGUAUAGGAAAGGUUUGUAUUCUAGUACAAAGGAUGUUUCAUUGCUGACAUUGUAUCCAAUGAUUGAAUGGUACAAGCAAUAUCGUCGAGAGUUUAUUGUUAUGAAUGAUGUAGUGACAUUGUCUGGAGCAAAGAAAAGAAAAAACAGGUCGACGAUCAAAGAAUUGCGCGACAAUAUGGUCGUGUCAGUUCUCUGCAAAUUACGACCUGCAAGCAUUAAAACAAAUAAAACUAUUGGAAAAAAGAAUGGCGUUGUCUCGGAGCUGGAUGGUGUGCUGAUGUGUGAGCUGGUCAUGUUUGACUCUGCGGAAGAUGGUAUGCUCGUGAACCUUUGGGAUCAGCAUGCCGAGAAGCGAUUUGUUGCACGAUUGCUUAAUCACCCAGGUGCUAUUAUAAUUGAUGGUGUCUUUGUAAGCCUUCAGGCUUUAUCCAACCGGUUGCUGGCAAACACGACACUGCAUACGACGUUUCAUCUAUUGGACCCUUGCGACACUGAGUCGAUUGCAUUGGAAAGGAAAAUUGCUCGAUCCAAAUAUGCUGUCCAAAGAAGUACAUCAUUCACUACUCCUACCGAUUUGACAUCAUUUUCUACCUUCAAAGAGCUCAAAGGUUCAUCGUUUCAAGGUCUGGCUACCUUGAAAAACAUCCAUAUUGAGCAAGUCUGCUUAGGCCGUCAUUUUGGACAUGAAGCAACUGUACUGGCAAGAUUUGCUGCCCGUUUAGUGGAGCAAUAUUGUACAAAGUGCUACCAAACACUACCUGAACUAGCUUGUCAAGACAACACAACACAAAGCCAUUUUGAAGCUUGCGCAAACAAAUGCAAGACUCGUCGAGGUAGUGCAAACAAUGCUUCAUGUGCCUGGAGGUAUCGCUCUUUUACGAUGGUUUUGCGUGAUGCUAAAAAAGAAACACUUCAAGUUAAAGUGGAACACCAAACGAUAUUCGAGAUAGCAGGAAAAAUUGAGGCACAAGCUCUAAUAAAUGGUUCAUGCAACGCUUCGCCAAGCUCUCGCUUCAACGCCGCGUCUGCCGUGACAUCAUUGCUCAAUGCUCUUGUCGAAGAUGCAAACCAGAAGUUUGAAGCGCAGUUAGUGUGCUCUAUAGUAAAACACGGUGACAAUCCAAGUCAAGCUACUGAUAGCUGCCAGGAUUCCAGUCUCAACGAAGAAGGCAUUCUUGAACGGGUGUAUAGUUUGGUGUCGCUCGUUCCAUGUGAUGUAUUUACAAUUUAG